AUGACCUCGAACCCUCCUCAGUCGGGCGUUCAACAAGGACAGAGCACCGCUACCUCCGCCUCCAACCCGCCCGCCACUUCAUCCACCCCCCUGGCUGCGUCCAGGUCCUACGCCAACGCCACGAAGAAGUCCGCCACGGACUCAACUACCUCUCCCGCCACCGUGGGUGGCUCGGCACAACAUGGGAAGUCGGCUUCCGCCUCUCCAGUGAACGGCAAACCCAUGCAAACCCAACAGCCUCAGCCGCAGGCCCAGUCUGGGGUGACCAUUGUCAAUGGCGCUCCCACAGCCCCUGCCGCUGCCCAGGGCGACCACUCCCGCAAACCCUCUGUGACCAUCACCUCUGCCGGCACAUCGGGAUACAUGCCCAACGGUGGGCCCGCCAGCCGUCCCAAUAGCCUCCAGUUCGGCUUCGCCAACCAGCAGAGCUCCCCCAACAUGGGCAAUCCCGCCGUGCUCGCCUCCAACCAGUCACAGUCGGGCCUGGGUGCUCCCUCGACGAACCCCCGUGUGACUUCGCCCCAGACCUCCCCGUCACCGAUCCCACAGCCCGCGUCCAGCGGUGGUCGCCCCCCACCAUCGACCUACCAGGCACAGGGCAACGUGCCCAACUUUGGCAGCUUCGGUGAGAAUACCGGUGACAACAACGCUCCCCUCGGUCCCGGCCCUCAGCAUCUCCGUCGCGAGUCCUCGCAGUCGACACACAGUGAUAUGAGCAACCACAUGGGUGGUGGCCCUGGCCGCGGUGGAUACCCUCACCAGGGCGGCCGCGGUCGCGGAUACUCCCAGUCCGGCUACCAGGGACAGAUGCCCUACUCGCCAGGCCCGACCUUCCGCCAGACUCCCAACCAGCCUCGCGGUGGUCCCACCAUGGGACCUCAGUUCCACGGCCCUAACCAGGGUCGCCCGAUGCCCCCGUUCCCGAACUCGCCGCACCAAGCGAACCGGAGCCCGGCGCUCGCCAACGCGCAUCCUACCACUCCCCAGAUGAACCAAGUGCCCAUGGCCCACCCGCAGAUGCCUCCGCAGCCGUACCCCGGUUACGGACAGCACAUGGGUCCCCAAACUGUGAGAAACCCACCCUACCUCCACCACACUAUGAAACCCGCCCGGCGUGGUAAUGGUCAGAGCAACCAUGGAAACCAUAGCAACUAUGGCACUUAUGGCAGAAGCCGGGGGAACAAUCGUGCCCCUGCGGUCCAAAUCCCCGUCCCCGAUCUCGCCCCUGAGAGCGGCCAGUUUGAACGAUGUCUAACCUACGUUAAAAAUCACCAGGGAUACCCUCCGUCCUACGACCCCAACUACGGCUUCUACCCGGGUGGUUACAACAUGCAAAAUAUGCAGUACAUGACCCCUCCGUCACCUCAGCCUCGCCCUGGCAUGCCCUACAACCCGCAGACGCCGUACAUGCAAUCCCAGUAUCCCGUUCAGCCUCCGCCCCAGUCGACUCCGCUCUCGCGUACCCCGUCACAGGUCUCUACUGACCGUCCUGGCUCGAGCCUCGGACAACCCGCCCCAGCUGGCCCUCCGGGCGCUGGUCACACUCACACUGGUAGCAGAUCCUCGAACAGCCCCGCCCCUGCGAAGCCGCACUUUGUGAUCCCGUCUGCCAAGAAGAGCCCUAUCAUCAUCAAGGACCCCAACAGCGGCAGCGUCAAGACCUUCGACAAGAACCCCGCCUCUCCUGCCCGUGCCACUCCCUCGCCUGUCAAGAUCGCCACCCCUACCGCCACGCCGCCUCCGCGUACCUCCAGUGCCGCCGACCACACACGCGUUGAGAGCAAGGCCAGCAACGCCAAGACUGACGAGGAGAAGAAGCAGGAACUCAAGGACGCUGUGCGUCAGAAGAUCCAGGAAGAUGAGGCCGCUCAGAAGCGCCAGGCCGAGGAGGCUGCUCGCAAGAGUGCCGAGGAGGCUAAGCCCGUUGAGACCAAGAACGAGGACACCACUGAGUCUGCUCGUGCCGCCCUGGAGGACCUGAGCUUGAAGGAGACGGCCGUCCCCGCUGAGGAGCCCAAGAAGGCCCCCGCCCCGGCUCCGACUCCCGCUCCCGCUCCCGUUCCCGCUCCCGUUGAGAAUGAUGAUGAGAUCGACUACGAUGCUAUUGAGCGUGAGAUGGCCGAGAUCGAAGCUAAGGAGCGUGCUGCUGAGGAGGAUUACAACCGCAAGAAGCAGGCUAAGAAGGAGGAGGCCGAGCGUAAGGAGCGCGAGGAACGGGAGCAGUAUGAGGUCAACAUGAAGAAGGCUGAGCAGGAAGCUGAAGAGCGCGAGCUUGCUCGUGAGGCCGCCCGCGCCAAGGGUGAGACUGCUGAAGACGAUCCCAGCCGUAAGGAGCGUGAGGAUCUCUUUGCCUCUCUCAAGAAGGGUGGCUUUACUGCAACUGAGGAUUCUACUCCUGGCGACAGCGGUGCUGCCACCCCUGUUUCGUCCGAUAUGUCCAUGGGCCCUCCUGCUAAGCCCGCCAGUGCUGCCGGUAAGAAGCCCGCUGGUCUGAAGCUCGACACUCCUAAGCCCACCGAGCCUCCUCAACCCAGUGCCGCCAUGAAAUCCCUGCAGAACGCCAAGUUCUUGGAGGACCUCAGCAAGGUCACCUACCCAUCUUCGGUCACUGCGCCCAGCUCUGCUCUGAAUGAUAGUGCUCCCGCUGGCCGCCGGUUCCACUACGACCGUGACUUCCUGCUCCAGUUCCAAGCAGCCUUCAAGGACAAGAUCUCCAUCGAGUGGGACGGCAUUGUGCGUGAGACUGUCGGUGACAGCGACGCUUCCUCCAGACCCCAGUCUGCUGCCCGUACCCCCAGCAUGGGCGGCCGUAACCCCUCUCACAAGGGUAUGGGCUUCCCGGGUGCGGCCAUGGGCAACUUCGGCCAGAACCCUCGUCACAGCAUGCCUGCGGUCAACCCGUCCCUAGGUGGCCGGGGCACCCACCCCUUUGGUUCCUUCGGCCGUCCUGGUAUGCCUGGCAUGGGCACCAAUAUGCCCCGGACCAACUCUUCUGGCAUGGCCAUGUCUCCCCGUGUGGCUUCUAGCAAGGGUGGCGCUGCUGGCAGCAAGCGUGGCAAGCACGGCGGCAAGAAAGAGGAGGAGGUCAACAAGUCCAUGCCUCUUACUGCCGGUAUGGAGCUGAAGGCUCUGCAGCCGAGCUCCACCGGUUGGAAGGCCCGCAGCCUCACCCAGAGCAAUACUGGCCCCGCUCCUGGUGGCGACGGCUACCUGCCUCCCGAUGUUGUGCAGCGUAAGGUGAAGGCUGCGCUCAACAAGAUGACCCCCGAGAAGUUCGACCGUAUUUCCGCACAGAUCUUAGAGAUUGUCUCCCAAUCCAAGGACGAGUCCGAUGGCCGUACCCUGCGCCAAGUCAUCCAGCUCACCUUCGAGAAGGCUACUGACGAAGCCCACUGGGCUCCUAUGUAUGCCAAGUUCUGCAAGAGCAUGCUUGAGAGCAUGAGCGGCGAGAUCAAGGAUGAGAACAUUCGCGACAAAAAUGGCAACAUCGUUACGGGCGGUUCCCUGUUCCGCAAAUACCUGCUUAACCGCUGCCAGGAGGAGUUCGAGCGCGGUUGGAAGAUCAACCUCCCGCCCAAGCCCGAUGGUGUCACUGAGGAGGUUGCUAUGAUGUCUGACGAGUACUACAUUGCUGCCGCUGCUAAGCGUCGUGGUCUUGGUCUCGUUAAGUUCAUUGGUGAACUGUACAAGCUCGGCAUGUUGACGGAGCGUAUCAUGCACGAGUGCACGAAGCGUCUUCUGGACUUCGAGGGCGUUCCUGAGGAGGCCGAGGUCGAAUCUCUGUGCAACCUGCUGCGUACUAUCGGUGCCAGCCUGGAUGCUUCUGAGAAAGGCCCUGCCAUGAUGGACGCUUACUUCGCUCGUAUCAACCUCAUGGUCGAUAUGCCCGACUUGCCCAGCCGUCUCAAGUUCAUGUUAAUGGAUAUCAUUGAUCUGCGUAACUCUCGCUGGAACUCCAAGGACGCUGAUAAGGGUCCCAAGACUAUCCAGCAGAUUCGUGAGGAGGCUGCUCGUGCUCAAGCCGAGGCCGAGAUGGAGCGCCAGCGCCAGCAGGCCAACCGUGGCGGUGGUGGCGGCGGCCGGCCGGCCAUGGGCCGUGGUGAUGCCCGUGGCUUCGGUUACAAUAACCAGGCCCCUCCCCCCGACUUCACAUCCAGCAAGGUCGGUAGUGACGAUCUGCGCCGUCUCCGUGCUACCCGCAACACCAACCAGCCCAUGUCUUUCGGUCCCUCGAGCCUGCUCGGCUCGCGCAGCAGCAGUGGCCGCAAGGGCCUUGGCCCCGGCGGCAACCUGGUCCGCGGCAGUGAUGACAGCGCCGCGAGCAGCCGCACUGGCACUCCCCCUGCCGGCAAGAAGGAGGACAAGGAAGCUGCCUCAUCGAUGAAUGCUUUCAGCGCCCUUGCCAGUCUGGAAGACCGGGACAACAUGGCCACUUCGCCCCCAUCCAACCCAACCUCCCCCAUGCUUACCAAGUCGCAGCCCGCCACCGCGGAGCGCCGGCCCUCAAAAACCCCGUCGAAGGAUGGCGAGAACGCAGCAUAG